ACACAAAGUGUGGGCGGGGACAGUGCUUGGGUUUGACACUGCACACAGUAGGGAAAUGAUGAGUCAAUGUGAAGUCGACCGGCGGUUGGUGUGGUCGGAAUGAAGACUUUGUCGUCUUAAUGAGGCAGGAUCUCAUCAUGGCAGGAAGCUGUUGAGAGCGAUGGGGUACUUCAGACAACUUUUCCUCUUGCUCUGGAAGAAUGUCGCGUAUCGCAGGAGGAACAAGAUCCAGCUGAUCAUCGAGCUCCUUUGGCCCCUCUUCCUCUUUGUCAUUCUCAUCUCUGUUCGUCAUUCCCACCCUCCUUACAAACAGAGCCAAUGCCACUUUCCAAACAAGGCCUUGCCAUCAGCUGGAACAUUGCCCUGGAUUCAGGGUAUUAUCUGCAACAUCAACAACCCGUGCUUCCACAGCUCGACACCUGGGGAGACACCAGGCCAAGUUGGCAACUUCGACAACUCCAUACUAUCUCGCCUGUUGGUGGAUGUCCACACUAUUCUGUCCUACAGUGGAAACCGGAGCUUAUUGAGCUUUCAGGACCUGAUGGAAAGUGUACAACGGCUGGGAGAAAGACCUGGAGCCUGGCCAAACCUGCCAGUGGAGGACUACCUGAGAGCCAAUGAGACAUUCUCCACAUUCCUUCGGACCAAUGGCAGUCUGUCUCCUGUGACUGUGGACCAGUUGAUGAAAGCCCAUCUUAACUUUCAGGUUUCUUUGGCUGGUGCUCAGAUGCAGCUGAAGGACCUGGUGUGUAAUGCGAGCAUGUUAGGACAGUUUCUGACUGUGGACGGAGGUCAGGCAGUUGCACAUGAUCUUCAGACUCAGCUGUGUGACCUGCCCGCUGACAUCCUGCGUGAGGCAGAACGCCUCUUUCUAACUCAGCUGGACUUUACCAAAUUCUUUACGAGAGACCGUCUGAUCUCUAAUGCCGGAGACCUCAGACUCAUCAGUCAGGCCGUCACCUCAGUUUCCCAGGAGCUCGCUGUUCUCAUGGAUGAUUUUUCGUCUCUCUCCAGCUUUGCGGAAAUGAGCGCUGCUCUUCGUCUCCUGUCUCCAGAGAAUCGCACCGCGAUGCCCAGAGAGAGUUUCCAAGCUUUCUCAAGGAUCAUGUGUGGCCACCCUGAGUUUGGUGGCGAGCGCAUCCCAUCACUCAACUGGUAUGAAGACAAUGACGUAAAGUCUUUUUUAGGCAAAAAUGGCACAGAGGACAUUGACCUGGACCACGACAACCACACCACUCCGUUCUGUAAAGGUUUGAUCCAGGGUCUGGAGUCUAACCCUCUGUCUCGCAUUGUGUGGCGAGGAAUCAAACCUCUGUUCAUUGGAAAACUGCUGUACACACCCAACACUCCUGCAGUACAACAAGUCAUGAAAGAGGUGAACAAGACCUUCACAGACCUGAAGCUCCUGCAAGAGCUGAAUGAAGCCUGGGAGGAGGUGGGGCCAAGGAUCAAGAGCUACAUGGAGAGCAGCGUGGAGGUCCAGCUGCUGCGGAAUUUACUGAGGCGGCCCGAGCUGGCGGUACUGGUCAACAUGCGUUUGGAGAACACGACGUGGACAGCAUCCCGAAUCGCACGUUUCCUGUCCACACCCUCAGCAGACGCUCCUAGGAGGCCUGAAGCUCCUGCUACGUGGCUGGACAUCUACAACGACAUCAGCCACAGCAUUGGCACAAUUUCACAAGUCACUGAGUGUUUCUCUCCAAACAAGCUGGAGGGGCUGGAGACUGAGGGACAUCUGGUUGACAGAGCGUUGGAGCUACUGGAGAACAGGGAGUUCUGGGCAGGUGUCGUUUUUGUGCUGCCCAACUCUUUAUCCCACAACCUGCCCCCCCACGUCACCUAUAAGAUUCGAAUGGACAUUGAUGAUGUCACUCGGACCAACAAGAUCAAAGACAGGUUUUGGGACCCUGGCCCAGCAGCCGACCCUUUUAAUGACAUGCGCUACAUUUGGGGCGGGUUUGUGUACAUCCAGGACCUGGUGGAGAGAGCAGUGAGCCGAGUCCUGACCGGGGUUAAGCAUACCACGGGCAUCUACAUCCAGCAGAUGCCCUACCCCUGCUAUGUGGACGAUGUUUUCCUCCGGGUGCUGAACCGUUCGCUGCCUCUCUUCAUGACUCUGGCCUGGAUCUACACGGUGGCCAUGAUCAUUAAAGGCGUGGUGUACGAAAAGGAGGCAAGGCUGAAGGAAACCAUGAGGAUCAUGGGUCUUGGCACAGGAAGCCUGUGGCUCAGCUGGUUCAUUAGCAGCAUUGUGCCUUUCCUGAUCUCUGCAGCUCUGCUUAUUGCUCUGCUCAAGUGGGGUGACAUUUUGCCUUACAGCAACCCAGCCGUUGUCUUUUUCUUCCUAAUGGCAUUUGCCACUGCCACCAUCAUGCAGUGCUUCCUCAUCAGUACAUUCUUCUCCAAGGCCAAUCUAGCUGCUGCCUGUGGCGGCCUCAUAUACUUCAGCCUCUACCUGCCCUAUGUACUGUGUGUUGCCUGGAGAGACCACCUCAAAACCAGACACAAAAUAUUUGCUAGCUUCCUCUCCCCUGUGGCUUUCGGGUUUGGCUGUGAGUAUUUUUCUCAGUACGAGGAGCAAGGGGUGGGCAUCCAAUGGAACAACCUGCAGUCCAGCCUGGUGGAAGGAGACUCGUACAAUUUCUCUACUUCCAUAGGCAUGCUCUACGUAGACGCCUUCAUCUAUGCCAUUGCAGCUUGGUACAUUGAAACUGUGUUCCCUGGUGAGUAUGGGAUCCCCAGACCCUGGUACUUUAUCUUCCACCUGAACUACUGGGCUAGGCUUCCCCUAGAGGCAGGCGUGCCAAUCCCACCAGCACCUACAGAACAAGAUGAAGAUCACAUCGAGGCUGAACCUAGUAACCUGACGUUGGGCGUAAGCAUCAGGAACCUGGUGAAAAUCUACAAAAAUGGAGCCAAACUUGCUGUGAACCACCUCAACCUGAAGUUCUACGAGGGACAGAUCACGUCAUUCCUCGGCCACAAUGGAGCUGGCAAGACCACCACAAUCUCUGUCCUGACUGGUCUGUUCCCACCGACCUCUGGGACCAUUUACAUCAAGGGGUUGGACAUUCGCCAUGACAUGGACAUCAUUCGGAGGAACUUAGGAGUUUGUCCUCAACACAACGUUCUAUUUGACAUACUCACUGUGGAGGAGCAUGUGUGGUUUUAUGGAUGCAUGAAGGGUCUGACUGAAGCAGAAGUUAGAGAUGAGCUGGACACGCUUCUCGAUGAUGUUGGACUGCUGCACAAGCGGCAUGAACAGGCCAAAAAUCUCUCUGGUGGGAUGCAGAGGAAGCUGUCUGUCGCAAUAGCAUUUGUUGGAGGUUCUAAAGUGGUCGUUCUGGAUGAACCCACUGCUGGUGUUGAUCCCUACUCUCGCAGAGGCAUCUGGGAUUUACUGCUCAAAUACCGUAAAGACCGAACCAUCAUCUUGUCCACUCACUACAUGGAUGAGGCAGAGUUGCUAGGUGACCGUAUCGCUAUCAUCUCUCAGGGAAAGCUAUGCUGCUGUGGCUCACCACUUUUCCUCAAAUCCCAACUUGGCACUGGCUACUACCUCACUGUGGUGAAAAGGGAAGGACUGGAGACCAGCACUCCCAGCAAUACCAGUAUCUCCACCAGCACCAGUGUCAGUACCAACAAGCUGCCUCCUCUCAAGGACAGUGAGUCAUCCAUGAGUGAUGAUACAGGGCUGGGAAGUGAGGAGAACAGCUCAUAUCUCGUGGCAUUGCUCUCCCUGGCUCAGCAUUACAUCCCAGGCGCAAGGCUGGUGGAGGAGUCAGGACGCGAGGUCGUGAUCAACCUGCCACAGGCGGCUGCCAAAGACAGCAGCCUAGCCGUCUUCCUGGCUGAACUGGAUCACAGGCUACCCGAGCUGGGCAUUAGUAGCUAUGGCCUGUCAGACAGCACACUAGAGGAGAUUUUCUUGAGAGUGGCAGAGGAAACUGGUGUCGACGCGGAACCAGACCAACGGGCUCGAUCUCCCAGCAGCCGACAGCGUUCAGCCGGUCAGAGGGAGGAGAGACAAAACGCGGAAGAAGCAGAGACAGGGAGGAAAAGGCUUCGUAAGCAAGAGCCACAGGAGACAGACCCGCUGAGGGGAGACGGCCGGGGUGGCGUCCCUCUGACAGGCUGGUGGCUGACCUGGCAGCAGCUGAGAGCCCUCUUCAUCAAACGCUGGCUGUACGCUCAGCGGAGCCGCAGGGGCUUCAUCGCACAGAUUGUUCUGCCUGCUGUGUUUGUGCUGGUGGCCCUGCUGUUCAGCCUCAUCGUACCUCCGUUUGGGAAGUACCCCGCCCUGCAGCUGCAACCCUGGAUGUAUGGAGAACAAUACACUUUCUUCAGCAAUGAUGCCCCGGGGAACCCUGAAAUGGAAAAUCUCCUGGAAGCUCUGCUUGAUCAGCCAGGUUUUGGUACCAGGUGCAUGGAGAUGGAUCAAGAGGACAACAGCACGACUGUGUGUGGAGUUGAGCGGGGUGGGCUUUUCAUGCGUCCACAUGUCGCUUUCUCUACCUGGGAGAUGUUAAACAGAGGCAACUGGAGCAAAGACAGACCGUCUCCUGAAUGCAAGUGUAGCACAGAGGAAAUCCGUCGGAUGCUCCCUGACUGCCCACAGGGCGCUGGUGGACUGCCGCCUCCACAGAUGAAGAGACAGACGGGAGACAUCCUACAAAAUCUGACUAGUUAUAACAUCUCUGACUACCUGGUGAAGACCUACCCUCAAAUCCUUAAGAAAAGCCUCAAAACCAAGAAGUGGGUGAAUGAAUUCAGAUAUGGAGGUUUUUCUCUUGGGGGCAGUGCCACACAGAUUAAUGAUGUCCAAGAAACAAUCAUGACAAUCAGGACUCGUUACCGAGUGCCCCAGAACAGUUCGUUGGAUCGUCUUCUAAACCAGCUGCCAGGUUUUCUAGGAGGACUGAACAGUCCAAACAACGUCAAGGUGUGGUAUAAUAACAAAGGAUGGCACGCCAUGGUGUCAUUUGUCAACAUAAUGAACAACGGCCUGCUGAGAGCAAGCCUUCCACCGGGUCCAGAGAGGAGGAGACACGGCAUCACUGCCUACAAUCACCCCCUCAACCUCACCAAGGAGCAACUCACUGAGAUGGCCAUGAUGACCACAUCAGUGGAUGUUUUGGUUGCUAUCUGCGUGAUCUUUGCCAUGUCCUUUGUACCAGCCAGCUUCGUCCUUUUUCUGAUUGAAGAGCGAGUCAGCAAAGCCAAACACCUUCAGUUUGUCAGUGGGGUCAAACCGGUCCUUUACUGGCUUACCAACUUCACCUGGGACAUGUUAAACUACGCCGUCCCUGCCACCAUGGUGGUGCUGAUCUUCAUCAGUUUCCAGCAGCAGUCGUAUGUCUCUGAGAAAAACCUGCCAGCUCUCAUCCUGCUCCUGCUACUCUAUGGGUGGUCCAUAACACCCUUGAUGUACCCAGCAUCCUUCAUCUUCACAGUCCCAAGCACGGCCUAUGUAGUCCUUACAUCCAUCAACCUGUUUAUAGGAAUCAAUGGCAGCAUCGCCACCUUCGUCCUGGAACUAUUUGUUGAUGAGCAUCUAAACGAAGUUAACAGAAUCCUGAAGAAGGUGUUUCUCAUCUUCCCUCAUUUCUGUCUGGGACGAGGCCUCAUUGACAUGGCCAAGAACCAGGCCAUGGCUGAUGCUUUCCAGCGACUUGGCACAAAGCCAAACCUGGAGCCUCUUCAGUGGGACGUCGUUGGGAAGAACCUAUUCGCCAUGGCAGCUGAGGGUGUCGUCUUCUUUAUCUUCACUGUUCUACUACAGUACAAGUUUUUCAUUCGCUUCAGGCCGUGGUGGGCUGAACAUGUGAUGCCUCCCCUCGGUCCAGAGGAUGAAGACGUCGCCAGAGAGAGGGAGAGGGUGAAAGGUGGCGAAGCGCACUCGGACAUCCUCACCAUGAUCGACCUGAGCAAGGUGUAUAAAGCAGGCAGGAAGCCAGCGGUGGAUCGCCUGUGCCUGGGGAUUCCCCGUGGUGAGUGUUUUGGCCUGCUGGGGGUGAACGGUGCAGGAAAGACCUCAACGUUCCGCAUGCUGACUGGUGACACUCCGAUCACUUAUGGAGAAGCUUUCCUCAACCAGUACAGUGUGUUGACAGAGAUGGAGCGAGUCCACCAACUGAUGGGUUACUGUCCACAGUUUGAUGCCAUCUGUGACCUGCUGACAGGUCGAGAACAUCUAGAGUUGUAUGCACGUCUACGGGGGGUUCAAGAAGCCUCGGUCUCUAAGGUGGCGCAGUGGGGCGUGAGUAAGCUUGGGCUGACUCAGUAUGCUGAGCGACAGGCUGGAGGCUACAGCGGAGGCAACAAAAGGAAACUCUCCACAGCUAUUUCACUCAUCGGCUCUCCACCUGUUAUAUUCCUGGAUGAACCCACCACUGGUAUGGAUCCCAAAGCCAAAAGGUUUUUAUGGAACUGCAUUCUCAGCGUCACCAAAGAGGGAAGGGCUGUGGUUCUAACCUCCCACAGUAUGGAGGAAUGUGAGGCUCUCUGCACCAGAAUGGCCAUUAUGGUCAAUGGCAGGUUCCAGUGUCUUGGAUCUGUACAGCACCUGAAGAACAGGUUUGGUGAUGGCUACACCAUCAUUCUUCGCCUAGCUGACACUACAUGUAAAUCCAAAUCCACGCCUGAGUCGUGUCCCGUCAGCAGCUACAUGAAGAACUCUUUCCCGUGUAUCGAGCUGAAGGAGCGCCACCAGAACGUGCAGCAGUACCAGUUGCCUUCACACGCCUGCUGUCUGGCCCGUGUCUUUGAUGUGCUGGCCAACAACUAUGAGGAGCUCGGCAUCACUGACUUCUCUGUUUCACAGACCACCCUGGACCAGGUGUUUGUCAACUUUGCAAAAGAACAGACUGAUGACGAUCGUCUUACACAUGUGGUCAUCAGCAAUGGGGCAGCGCAGACCAACCAGACUGCAGGGCCCACCAGGAUUAACCCUCCCACCAUCCACACACAGCCACCAGUUACCCCCCCUGGGUCAAGCAAGAGUCCUCAGCAAGACAAAUCAUCUGACAACAAACUCAAAGAGGGUAAAUCAAAACAGGCAAAGUCUACAGCCAUGACAAGACUGCCUCAGCCAGAAGUAGCGUCGCUGAGGAGUCGGAAGAGCAGUAGUGGCUCGAGUAGCAGUAAUGCUGGUUUUCAGGGAGAAUCCAGCAAAUCUGGUGGUUCCAAGCGUAAAGCAGAGAGCUCCAGUAAAGAUCCUUCUGCACUUUUUAUAGUGGGCAGCAGCACACAGGACAGUGCACUGUGAAGCUACUGGGGCAACACAGGAGGACGCAGGUGGAAAUACAAAACUCUAUUGUUGUUGAUUGGCUCAGUCUUCCCUCGAUCGAUCGCUUGAUCAUCACAGGACAACAAUGAAGGUAAAUUCAUUCCUUCAGCCUCCUCAAGUUGCUGCUCCCUGAUAAUAGCUCUGGUGCCUUUUCAGACGUUAACAGAGCUUUAGCUUCAUUCUACAGUGUCCUCUCUUUCUCACAUUAUCAGUCCAAAGAUCUAGUUUAUUUACCCUUAAUGUAUGAUCUUAGGCUGAAUUUGAAAACUGUGGAUGGCAUCCCUCAGGGUUCGAUCACUAGCCAUCUUACAUUUUAAUAUUUAUUUUUGCAGAAAGCACUUUAAAACAAAGAAAAUGCUGUAGAAAGUGCAACAGAGAAAGUUAUUGAUCCAGGUUCAUCACUAUAUGUCUUUAGAAAAUCUAGUAAGUAAAUUUUUGUUUUUUUAUUUUUAUUUUUUUGUCAUUUUCUUUUUCUUUUUAUUUUGUAUUUUAUGUCAUUUGUUAUUAAGUAGUGGUUUUGGUUACUGAAAACCUCAUUUAUUUUUCACAAGAUUAAUUGAAAAUAUGAGACAGUUUAAAAAAAAAUAGGAAAAAUAAUUGACUACUGUAUACUCAUAAAAAAGAAUACUUUUUGUCAGUGUUUUUUAAUAGUAAUAAUAUAGUAAUAGUAAUCUUCUAAUAGUAAUUAGAAGAUUGUUACAGCUAACUACUGAAAAGCCAUAAGAUUAUUUGAAAAAAUCUUAUUCCAAAAUUCAAACUGUUACAUGAAUGGUUAAAUGUAUUGAAAUGUAAACUUUAAGUUGGAUGUCUCGAAUCACUGUACCACCGAAUGUAGCUUUAAGGUGUUAUGCUUGAACAGUUUUACUUGAAGAUGAAGUAAUCUAUGUAUGUACAUAUUAUAAGAUGUACAUCAUAUACUCAUGAAAUGCUACUGUAAAAAGAAAAAAAAUGGUGUAUGACUGUAUGUUUUCUCCUGGAGUAAAAUAAACAUAUAUGGUUUCCUGUA